CUUAGUACUUUUGACUGAAGACGUACAUUACUUUGCUCUUCGAGUUGCCGAUCCAUCUAGUCCUUGGACCAACAUAGGCAUACUAAAAACUUUUCCUCGCAUUAUGUGAAAUGUCCGAGCGUAAUUCGUUUUCUCAAUUAAGCCCGUUGUUCCGAAAAAAUGCGGAAUUUUCACGAUCGGCGCGUUUAAUGCGUGCGCCGCACAAAACAAGGAAGCACAUUGAAGUAACGUAAAAAUUAAUCGAAUGAAAUUCUACGGCCUAGUCUAGUGCUAAUUUUUAUCAUAAAUUUUCGCUAAGGAUCCCAUUGCUUGAAGACUUGAAAAUUCAGUACGCUUUUAAUAAUAACAUCGAAAUGGCUGAUGAUUCGAGUGUACGCGUUGCCGUACGAAUAAGGCCUCAAGUAGCUAGAGAAGUAAUUGAUAUGUGCCGGAUUUGUACUCAAGUACCUCCAGGAGAACCCCAGGUCUUUCUUGGACCAGACAAGGCCUUCACUUAUGAUUAUGUUUUUGAUACGGGAAUUGGUCAAAGUGUUAUUUAUGAGACAUGUGUUGCUCGCCUAAUAGAAGGUGCUUUAGAUGGAUACAAUGCAACUGUACUUGCUUAUGGUCAAACUGGUUCGGGCAAAACAUAUACAAUGGGUACUGGUUUUGAUGUAGAAGUUGAUGACAAUAUUGUUGGUAUAAUUCCUAGAGCCAUUAGACACUUAUUUAAAGGAAUAGCAGAAAAGCAAGAACGUGCUCGAGAACGUACACAAAUGCCACCAGAAUUUAAGGUUACAGCACAAUUUUUAGAACUAUAUAACGAAGAUUUAAAGGAUUUAUUAGAACCAGGUGGUCCGAGAGGUGGUGCACGAAUUCACGAAGAUACAGCUGGCAAUAUACAUUUAGCUGGUGUUGAGCCGAGAAUCGUAACUAGUCCGGAACAAGCAUUGGAAUAUCUACGUUUAGGAGCAUUGUCGCGUACAACCGGUUCCACGCAAAUGAACACGCAAUCUUCAAGAUCACAUGCAAUAUUUACAUUGUAUGUUAAACAACAACGAUGCAUCAGAGUGGAAGAUCCGGAUGCUGACGUGGAUACAAGCGGUACCGAACCAGCUAAUGAAUUUGAAACUUUAACAGCUAAAUUUCAUUUUGUUGACUUGGCUGGUUCAGAACGACUAAAGAGAACAGGUGCUACUGGAGACAGAGCAAAAGAAGGAAUAUCUAUAAACUGUGGAUUGUUGGCACUGGGAAAUGUCAUUUCUGCACUUGGAGAUAAAGCAAAAAAGGCAUUACAUGUACCCUACAGAGAUUCAAAAUUAACUAGAUUACUGCAAGAUUCUUUAGGAGGCAAUAGUCAAACUGUUAUGAUAGCUUGUGUUUCACCAAGCGAUAGAGAUUUUAUGGAAACUUUAAGUACUUUAAAAUAUGCGAAUAGAGCUAGAAAUAUAAAGAAUAAAGUUACUAUUAAUCAAGAUAAGAGUUCAAGAACGAUUGCUUCUCUUAGAAGAGAAAUACAGCAGCUUCAAUUAGAAUUAAUGGAAUAUAGACAAGGGAAAAGGGUUGUUGGUGAAGAUGGUAUGAACGAUGCAUGGCACGAAAAUCAAAUGCUAAACAGUGAACUACAAAGUCUUAGAACAAGAGUAAAAGCACUCUCUGAAACGGUCGAGGCAUUGACUGCUAAAAAUGUACUUUUAUUAGCAGAGAAAGCAGCAGGACAAUGGGUAUCUGCAUCGGGUGGAAGUGGUGAACAGGUAACUAGCUUGGUCCAAGGAUAUGUUCAAGAAAUAGAAGAAUUACGAGCUCGAUUAUUAGAAGCAGAGGCUAUGUAUCAACAAUUGAAAAAGCGACAGAUUCAGGUAAAUGCUGCAAAUGCAUAUGGAGAUAGUUCAUAUAUUUUACAAAGUGAUUCGUCGACAGUUUUAAUUGAUGCUAAAAAAGAAUUACAAAAAGAAGUAGAAGCAUUGGCUGCUUUAAAAGAGCAACAAACACAGAAUGCUAAUGUUACAAAUAAGGCUGUGGAUGAAACAGAAAUUGAUGACACAGAAAACGGACAAGAGUCUAUUAGCGAGGAUGAUUCCGAUGAUGAUUCAGAUCGUAAAGAGGAAGAUGAAGAAGAAGAAGCUAUGGGCCGUGAAUUAGAAGCUUUAACGUCAGACAUCGAUGUUAAGCAACGUUUAAUUCAAGAAUUAGAACUUUCUCAAAGACGUUUACAAUCUAUGAAGCAACAUUAUGAAGACAAACUUGCUCAGUUGCAAGCACGCAUUAAAGAUACGCAAGAAGAAAGAGAUAAGGUAUUAUCUUCUUUACAACAGCAGCCAACGCAACCCACUGAAAAAGUGAAAAAAUUAAGGGACGAAUAUGAAAAAAAAAUAUCUGCCAUGCAGAAAGAAAUGCGGCUUCUCCAAUCGGCGAAAAAAGAACACGCGAGAUUACUUAAGAGUCAAUCUCAAAAUGAGAAUAGACUACGUGGACUUCGAAAUGAAUUAGCAGAGAUGAAGAGAGCUAAAGUAAAACUUUUAAAUAAAAUGAGAGAAGAGGCUCAAAGACAUAAAGAAAAUGAAUUAAAACGUAAUAGAGAAAUUGCACAAUUACGUAAAGAAAGUAGAAGAAAUGCAAAUAUGAUUAGAUCUUUAGAAGCUGAUAAAAGGAUAAAGGAAGUAGUUCUUCGGCGCAAACAAGAGGAAGUAUCGGCUCUAAGAAAAAGAGAUAGAGGACUCAGUCAAAAAGUGGCUGGUAGAACACUGUCCAAACCUAUUAAUCCAAAAUCAUUGAAACAACGGUGGCAAACUUUUGAGAGAACUAUUACUAAACAAGCAUUGGCAAAACAAGCUGCAGCUGAAACAGAAAGAGAAAUGGAGAGAUUAUUGCAGGAGAGAGAUGAAUUAGGUAGAGAUUUGGAUAGAUUACAAAAACAGAGAAAUACUAUUACAACUAGCAGAGGGGAUACUACUGAUAUCGACGAAGAAAUCGAUAAUUUUAAAAGUAAAAUAAGUUAUUUACAGGAUAGUAUAGCCGAUUGUCAAAGAGAUAUGGUAGAGAUGGGAGAUGGUGAAGUAGAGAGUGAACCUGGUGUUGAAGCAUUGAUUUCCACUAUUCGUACCGUAGACGAAGCUCAAUAUUUAUUAGAAAGAAUGCUGGCAUUUACAGUCGAGCAAAGUUACGUAGCUGCACAAAAACAACUUGAAGUAAGAGAUAUGAAAUCGCGUUUAAAUCAAGUAGCACAAGAAAGCGACGUGCAGCAUCAAUUACUCGAACAUGUUUUACGCGACAGAGAUCUUUUGUCUCUUACAAAUAAUCAUAAUACAACGACAUAUAGUCCUCCUAGCUCAAGAAGUUCGUCUCCUGAUAACAGUGAAAGUUACAGUCAAAUAAUAAAUGUGGAAGAAAAACAGCGAAAUAAUAAAGUGAGGCGAAGAACAACUCAACCUCAAGAGCUUCUCUACGGAGUGCAUGCUAGUCCAGAAAAUUUCAAAGUAGAAGAUCAAAAUCAAAACCACAAUCAUCCGCUCACAAGGGUACCCAGUGCACCUGGUAGCCUAAAAGGAUUAGUACUUAUUAGAAGUCAACAUAAUACAGGUGUAACUGGUGGAUCGCCAACUUUGAGUCGUCGUGAUAGUACGUCACCUCGACCACUGCGACGUCCACUUCAUCCUGGAGGAGGUUCUAUGGAACAGGUAGCGCAUACGGAUAUUUCUUCACCACCCGGUUCACCAACGACAUAUCGACGUUUCAAUAGUCGUGAGGAAAAUGUUUUCUCCAGACUUACUGCUAGCAGACAACCAAUGUCUGUAGAUCCACAGCCUAUGAAGGGAAUCAUUUCCCAAUAUCAGGGAAAGGCUCAACCUCGAGCAGUUUUACAAUGUUCUCAUAUAGCGGAGGGACAUAGUAAAGCUGUUCUGACUAUUUAUGCAACCACGGAUUUACUUUUUAGUGGAUCAAAAGAUCGUACUGUGAAAGUAUGGGACUUGAGAACUGGAAUUGAAAAUUUUACGCUUAGCGGUCACCCAAAUAAUGUUGUUGCAGUUAAAUAUUCUCCAUCGCAUCAACUAUUAUUUAGUGUCUCUGCAGCAUAUGUUAAAGUAUGGGAUUUACGAGCUGGUAAUUCUUGCAUAAAAACUCUUUUUUCAUCAGGCCAAGCACAAAUUGGCCCAAUUGCUUUAUCGACUCCGUCUAGAACACUACAAGUACCUGUGGGUGAAACAACGAUCAAUGAUCUUGUAUUAAGUUUAAAUGAACGAGAAUUGUAUACUGCGUCUAGUGAUAAAGUGAGAGUAUGGGAUCUUCGUAAAUUGACAUGCAAUGGUAAAUUAAGUACACCUCACACAGCAGCUGUUAUGUGUUUAGCCAUUGCUGAAGAUGGCAGAGUAAUAGCGGGCAGUAAAGAUCAUUUAAUUUCGCUUGUUGAACCUAAUACUUCUGGUUUAUCUGUAAGUUUAGCACCACCGCAUUAUGAUGGAGUUCAAUGUUUAGCUACAAGUGAUAGUACUCUAUUUUCUGGUUCAAGAGAUAUGUGCAUUAAAAGAUGGGAUUUAGGUAGAAUGGAAUUAGUUCAAUCGUUAAAUAAUGCACACAAGGAUUGGAUCCUGGGACUGUGUACAAUAAAUGAUGGUUCCAUCAUGGUGUCAGGGUGUCGUGGUGGUGUUUUGAAAGCAUGGUCUGUUCCCAAAGAUCAAACAGGAGAAUGUACUCCCAUCGGAGAAGUUCGAGCACAUGGAUCUGCAAUUAAUGCUGUCAUAACUAAUCAACAACAUAUUUUUACUGCUAGCAACUCUGGAGAGGUGAAGCUGUGGCGUAUUCCUGAUUCCUCUUUAACUAUGUCUAUUUCCACAGUUUCUCUCUAACUUACUUUAUUUUUCUGCUGCUCGUUAUUAUGUUUCCUUUAUUUUUUAUUGUUAUGGUAAUUCACUUACAUAUUGUACUGCAUAUUUUACUAAAAUAUUUCUGAUUAUCGUAAAAAAUUCAAGUGUAACUAUCGCUUAUAUUUUUUUUUAAUUCAUUAAUUUAUUUAUUUAGUUGCAUUUGUUGUCUUGCUAAUGUUCACUGGCUUUUUUGUGCAUAACAUAUACACGUAUAUAUAUAUACGCUUUGUUUUAAAUAUCAUCAGUGAUAUUUAAAAAUUCGUAAAUCAAUUGUAUAUUUAAAAUCUGUUGGAUAUAAUUUUAUUAAAUAGAAAACAAGAAAAAAACAUAUAUAUUUGUCUUAAUUAUAGCAGUAAAUGUGCUAUGAUAGUUCUAUAUUAAAAUGUAUUAAUCUUAAUGUUUAUUCAAAUAUUGUAUAUCCAAAAUACAUAUUGGAAA